CGUACGUGUGCCGCUGAUAACAGGGAGAAAGGAAGUGCUGUCAUUGCAACAUCGCUGCCACGUCUAUGGGCUCCUCUGCAGCAGCAGCAGCUGGUCUGAGGACCAGGAUGGGCCGGUGCCUGGCGGUGGGGGGCGAAUGAGAGGGAGAGGUGGGAGUGAACGAGGAAACAACGAGCAGAGGAAGGAAAGAGGAAACACGUAGAGCCACAACACAGCACGCCCUGGCUGAAUGAAACCCGCGCGCAGGUCCAGCACGAAGGAGCGACCACUGCCUUCUGGAAGGGUCGGAGCUUUAUUGUUCAGACAGCACGGGUUGUUUCUGCGGCUUUCCCGGGUUCAGGAGGAGGGAGACACCCAUGCUAAGCUCAGGGACAAUGGAGGAAUUCGUGACCGAAGAGGAAGAGCCGUGGUACGACCAACAGGACCUGGAGCAGGACCUCCACUUGGCGGCAGAGCUGGGAAAGACUCUGCUGGAGAGGAACAAAGAGCUGGAGGAUUCCCUGCAGCAGAUGUACCUCACUAAUGAAGAACAAGUGCAAGAGAUCGAGUACCUGUCGAAGCAGUUGGAGGUUCUUCGGGAAAUGAACGAGCAGCAUGCCAAAGUGUACGAGCAGCUGGACGGGACGGCCCGAGAGCUGGAACGGACCAACCACACCCUGGUGAUGGACAGCAAGGGCUCCCAACAAAAGAUAGACAGGUUAACGGGGACCAUUGAGACUUUGCAGAACCAGGUGGAGUCUCUCUCAGGCCAGGUGGAGCAGCUUCGCUCCAUGGAGCAGCUCCGAGUCAGGAGGGAGAAGAGGGAACGACGCAAGACCAUCCACUCUUUCCCUUGCCUGAGGGAGCUUUGCACAGCACCAAGAUACGAGGAUGAGUUUGUAGUGGGCCGGGCUGAGAGCUUCACAGUGGAUGCAAAGCGUCCACCAUUCGAAGAGGAGAACCAGCAUCUGAGGGAGGCGGUGUCGGCUCUACGAGCGGCUGCCCGGACCGAGCGGGGUCGUAGGGAAGGGGUGGAGAGGGAGUGCAACCUCCUUGUUGCAGAGUUCUCCCGCCUGCAGACACGGGUGCAGGAUGCUGAGAGCUGCCAGGCGAGGGUGCGGGAGUUGGAGGUGGAGCUACAGGAGCUGCAGCAGCUACGUCGCGCUCGGACUUUCCUGCUGAGCAGCGAGGACGACGGCGUGGGUCUUACCCAGACCGUCCUCAACAGCACCCCGGAGACAGACACAUUCCUGGAAGUAGAGGUCGAGGAGGCCGGAGGAGGCGUGAGGGAGGAGACAGAAGGUGGAGGAGGAGUGGGAGGGGAGUCCCUCCCUGAGUCCAACCCCGUGAGAAAAAGCUGCAGCGACACGGCGCUCAACGCCAUCGUGGCCCGCGACGCGUCCGGCCGCAGGAGGGGCAGCUACGCCCUCCACGCCAACAGCGUGAGGAAGAGGGGGAUGUCCAUCCUCAGGGAGGUGGACGAGCAGUACCACGCCUUGCUGGAGAAAUAUGAGGAGUUGUUAGGGAAGUGCAGGCGCCACGAGGAGAGCCUGUGUCACGCCGGUGUCCAGACCUCCAGACCCGUCUCUCGAGACCCGUCCAUGAAAGACUGCGCCAUGGGCCCCACCCCAGCGCCUCCCCCUACCCCCACCCAGUCGCCCUCUACCCCUGAGGCCAUUGAGAGCAUUAGCAAGCAAGUGGAGGCGGUGGAUAAGAGGCUGGGACAGAACACUCCAGAGUACAAAGCCCUUUUUAAAGAGAUCUUCUCUCGUAUCCAGAAGACCAAGAUGGAUAUAAAAACUACCAAAGCUGUUAAAGCUAGCAAAUCUAGCAAAUCUGGCAAAUCUGGCAAGUCUGGGAAACAGUAAUGGCCCACUGGUUGGCUCCAGAGAGGAUGAUAGUGUGUUAUUUCAGUUAUUAAGGAGUUUGUGAACGGUGACUUGGCGGACACAUUCUUAUAGAGGGUGCCUGUUCGAAAAAUCGUUAAAAAAGAGUAAAAUUAGAGCGUGCAGUUUAACCUAGAACUGAAAUCUCGCAGCUUAUACAAGAAUCUGAUUUGCAUGUGAUCAAUU